AUGGCAGACUUUCAGGAUACGCUCGCCCUGUUUUCGGGGCAGCCUGUGUAUGAAUAUGUCAGGAAUGCUGUUACGGUCCAGCAUUCGAGCAGGGUGGGCAAAGUUGUGGCAAAUCAUGUCUUUCAUGCGCUAGAAAGAUUACGAAGCGUGCGCAUGAUUCUUCAUUAUUGGUCAUUUGCUGCUACCUUCUUUUUGCUGAUUGCAGUGGGAACACAGUGUGCACAUCACGUCAAAAGUCUCCAGGCGCAGAUCGAGCGAUGGGCAAAGCUCAAUUUAAUGUCAAAGCGAUGUCUCAUCUCCGAGUCUCGUAAGCGUGAACAGGCCUGCUCUGUGUACGAUGAAUUCUAUUGCAUGCUUAUCAAUCUACACAAUCAGCUCUCAUUCCUGGGUCAACAGUCGCCAUUUAUUUUGGAAUCUACGUAUCUGGCCUUUGACUCGGAGCUUUUGGACUUGAUAGCUGCAGCAGCAGGUCAUAAGCAGACCUUUCACCAGAUAUGUGGUAAAUUAAUAUUUGGGAAUGGCAUCCUAUCGAAGGCUGCUGAAGCAGCAAAUAUCUCCAACAAAGCCAGCCCAGAAUUAGAUUUUGCUACAAGUGUUUUUGAUUGGCUCGAGGCCGUCAGGCCCAUCAACCUUGAAUCAGAGGCUCUGGAGAGGCUUUCCAUUGCAGCAAAGGCAGCACGCAAUGCGGCAAUGGCAGCCUCUUGCGUUGUCUGCCUCGAUGGGAUAAGGGAUGUGGUUUUCCUCGACUGCAUGCAUCUCGUCGUCUGCCGUGACUGCAGUAGUACAAUCGAUGAAUGUCCCAUCUGCCGUCUCGCCAUACAGAAAAAAUAUGUUCUAGGGUGCACCACCCUGGCACGACCCACAGUACCAGGGAGGCUCCAGGGCUGCAGCCCCGAGGUUCUCGAGCCCACCCCGCAGUCCAGGCCGCGCAUCGGCGGGCAUCCGCCUGCGCGGCCCGCUGCCUCUUGGCCUCUUGUGGUGGUUUAUAUGAUAUGGUAUCGGAAGGACCAUCCGGGUACGAGGACGUCGUUUGCUAAGGAGCGGCGCUGGAUGUGCAACUUUGCCCUGGUCACGGAACCCAAAGUUGCCCGGAUAUCGGCGUCGCGGAAUGACAUGCGGGCAAAUGAAGUGAUAGUCGCCGACCUACACGGGCCACAUGGGCUGCAUGUACGUGGAUCACUCGCACACCGAGACUCACGAACGCUGCAGUCUUUCAUCGCGAAAUCUCGCUUUGCCCUUCAAAGUCGGCGUACACAUUCUAUAAUGGAUUUCUUUGAGUCGCCGCGCACCGCAGAUGGUCAUCUCGCAACUAUCAACAAUUGUUCCUCAUCACGUCUUAUCGCCCUACAUCGGUGUUGUAGCCUAGCACGCGCAAGAAGGACGUCCUCUAGCGCGAGCGUGUCGCGCCGCAUUUUUGUUGACGUUGAAUUGCGGCGUCUUCCACGUGGCGAAGAGCCAAGGCACUUCUACAUGAGCCUAUGGAGCCAAGUGGGCGAAGAUUUUGUCCCACUCACAGAGGAACGCCUGGCUGCUCUCUCGUCGGAAGCGUCGACAUUGCGCAUGCCGCUCAAGAGCCAGCCACUACCGAAGAAAGUAGUGCGCAAGCGUGUGGUGUUUCGAGAUAUUCUACUUUCCGAGCUACGUGACAAAGGCAUCUGGCUUGUUUGCCGCGCAUAUCGCGUCGGUCGUUUGCGAACUGAUGGCGACAAGAGUCCCGCAUGUGAUGAUGAGAGCCGUGGCAACAGUGGCUUGCUCAAGGAGACGCGCAAGCUCGGCGUAGAUGCACGGUUUACAGCUGUCAAAACUGAUGCUGCCAUGGAGCAGUCCGGACAAAUAAUCCGUGUCUCUCAAAUCCCAACGCUUUCAUACAUCCACUCUAUGGCGCUCUUAGGCGUCGCAGCUAUAAAUUUGAGCGCAGCGCUUGAUCGCAACGAUCUAUGGGUCUUCGAAUCGAGUGACUCAGAAAAAGCGAACUGUUUGUGGGAUACGCCUGGAGCGCCAUUUUGGCGGCCAGUUGUGGCUUGGAUGGCGGUUGCAAGGUUGCAUCUUUCAAACAAGAGAAGAGCGACGUCAGGGCGUCAGCUGACGAAAGCACUGUGCAACCUUUAUGCGCAUCCAAUGCGUGUGACAAGGGCAGACAAAAGCUUGCGGCGUCUAUCCAGUACCAGCGUCACUCCAGUAGACCGCAUACGCCCCCCAGAGGGUGGCAUUUGUGCUGAUGCCGCAACAUUUGCCGAGCCGAUCAUGGACGAUAGGCGACGGAAUAGUCUCUUUGUCACACUGGUAUCAGGUUCAUUUUCUCAGGAUUCCAAGCUCGCAGCACGGUCCGUUGAAGUUCGCGCGCACCUCAUAUCUGAUGCUGGCAAAACUCUUCCCAACAUAGCGCGCGGCUGUCUACGCCAUGUGGGCCACUGCCAGUUCCGCAGCUCAACACACUAUCACGUGAAUCGUCCCAUGUGGGAGGAGUGCUUCCGAGUGACACUUCCUAUGGAUGAUCUACGGAAGUACCACUUGCUCUUUUCAUUUGCUCACUGCGGUUGUAAACUUCCACGGGACAUAUUUGCAUUCGCUUUUCUGCCCUUGGCUUGCGAAGAGGCACGGGGCGCUGUGCUUACCUCGACAGCGAAAUGGGUAGAUGGCGAAGGUCGAGAAGAAAAUGAGGCUUCUCCUAUUGUAGAUGGCGCACAUAAACUCGCCUGUUUUGAGCCAUUCGAACAUGACAGCCCAACCUUGACUGCAAUGACCGAGCCGUUGCCAUCUUCAGUGUCUAUGGGCCGUGGAGUCAAAGCCAUGGACAAAAGAAUGCCGAGCUACCUCCAGCGAGGUGCCGCGAGGCAGCGUGGACGUCGCAUGUCUGCUGGUGGCGCGGCGGUUGCCCUUGGAGGUGCGCUGCGAGCCCCAAGGCGCGGUGACGUUCUCUUCUCGACGGCUUCGACGCGGUCUGGCGCAGUUGCACAGGCAGCUGCAGCAGCAGGCGGGGAACGUGAAUGGCUGGCAAUCGAGACGACACUAGUGUCAGAGUGCAGCGCUAGCGCCUACACACCGGAGUUACAGAAACUCCUCCGAUGGAAGCAGCUUAGCCCUGGCCAGGAGACAGUCCGGGCGAUUCAUGCAGCUGCGAGCGCAGACGCUCUUGUCGAUGAUUCUCGACUCUGGCCGUCGCGGUUUACUUAUGGUCUCCAUGCGCUCCUAGAUAUUUUUCUGACAGAGCGCGCGCCAGGAGAACCUGCUGCUGCAUUUAGAACGCUUGCAACAACCCUCGCAAACUUCGCAAUACGACCAGGUCGUGCACAUAUUCACAGAGUUUCCCUCAGACGUGCUCUCGCCGCUGAUAUCAGUAGUUUUCUCCCAGGACUACGGCCACCAACACUGGAGUCAGAGGUGCCCACGUCACCUCUGCAUGAAAGUCCACCACCACCGAUGCAUACCUCGCGCGUAUCACACCACGGAACCCCCUCCGAUGAUAACAAGCAGCGCACCCCUAGUCCCAUGAUGGAAAUUUGGAUCCCAUCCUCGUCACGCACCGCCGAGCAGACGGCUAUUGAUGCCAUCCCACGUGAAGUCGAACUUUUGACACGCCCUGGUGUGUCCAGGGAGCUAUCCUUGAAAGGCAGUUCUUCUUACACGGAAGAGGGAGUUGCCGAACACGAGUGGAAUCGGUUUCUUGAGAUCUCGGCCGCUCGUGAGCUAUCUUCACAACCAUCGUUAGCACCAUCGAAUACCCCAGCUCAACCAGAAUUGCAUGUUUCACUCAUGACUGCGGUUGCCGCUCCACUUCAGUGGUUGGAUGUCCUUGGUGCCGAUUGGGACGAUGAUGGAACUGGUGAGGAGCAGAGGCGGUCUGCACUGACUGAGACAGUCGCAUCCCUAGAUGCUUUGUUCGCAAUAUGCUGUGCUAGCUACGUGCGCUCCGGUGGAGCAUCACGUGAGAAACCAGACCACACAGCCCCGUUGAUGCUCGACCUCGUCGACGAGGUGUUCAGACUCGUGUGCCGCAUGUUCUUGAAGACAGAUCGCUUAGCAUGGAUAUCCCACGCGCAACAACUCAGCGUACGCGCGCUUGCCGGCACAUUAGAGGCACUGCAAGGCUGUUUCCCCCUUGCAACAACUGCAGAGCGUGCCAUUCUCCUUAUUGAUGCGAUCCCAAGCCAAUUCAACGAAUUCAGUAUUGAUGCGGCUAUUGGCGAGCUCGUUUUUCUUCGAGAUAUUUCACGGAUGCCACUAGUGUGCCACCUGCGCCAGGGUCGUCAGGCAUUGGCUUUGAAAAUUGGAAUGGCCGUCAUUGAUAUACUAAAACGCGCAAAUGCAGCUCGGAUUGGAUGCGUUACUUCAGAUAAUCUGGUGCUUUGCUGGGGACUUGGAGCACAGGCAAUCAGUGAACUUAUCUCUACAGCCAACGGGGAGAUCAAUGAUGCAUCUAUGCUGGCCACUGUAUUUUUACCUGGAUGGUUAACGGAGGUGGCAUCCACGGCAUUCAUGGAGUGGUACACAGACCAGGUCGACGCUGGACCUCGAUAUGAAACUUCCUCGUACCGCUCCUCGUCUAGCUUCCACGUGGACGCUGAGGUGAUCGGUGCAGAGGAGCAACCCCCCUUUGGAGGCCUGCAGCGCGACUCCUUCCAAGAUUGCACUAUGGCAACUCUUGCAAUGUUGCGAGUUGGAGGCAUCGCCGACAAUCCACGCGUGAUAAACGCAGAGCUUCGGGCGUGCCGGGCUCUUAUGGCGCAACCAUUUUCGUUGGCUUGGCCCGUACUUAACGCGUGCACGUCGCUAGCGUGCUCCCAAGUUCUGGACAAGGCUGCCACUGUUGUCUCCAGCAGCGGACCGCAGGGUGGUGCUGACUCUGCUGACCCGAUGACCGCUGACUCUGGUCAGUUUUUUAGCCUUGGACUCGCACUUCUUCACUCCCCUGGAACAGAUGUAACAUGCAUGACAGACAUUAAACUUGGCUACGUCCUCACCGCAUCGGGGCUCAGGUUUGCUCAUAUGCGUAUUUCCGCUAUUGCCACACUUGAUGCUGCGUGGAAGCGACUCGGAGCAGGCCACGUCGCAGAUAAAGACUAUAUCUGCGUUGUGGCACACCAUCAUGCCAAUCUUGGCGUGACUGUCGUGCAACACGCUGUUCAUCUGUUAAGUUCAACGUCUGGUGCAAUUCAGGCCCUUGCCAUCAGGCUCUUGGCUGAUGUGGCUGUUGCUGAGCUACAGUCCCGCCUCGGUGACCUGCAACGCUUUGAUGGGCAUCUUUCUGUCGGAAACAAGACAACCGCAAGUACACUGGCGUAUGUACUAUCCGCGACUGUCGCUGAGCACAUUGAUAGUGAAAUCCCCCAUCACUUCUGGCACCCGAUACCUCGGCACGACAUACCGGGUGAGGCUGCUGGCGCUCUGUGCCUUCUCCGUGACUCAUUUCGGCGCUUGAUCUCACCAUCGCCUGGUGUGACAGCUGUCCUCUCACUUCUGGAUGGCGUGCCAGCUUGUCGACGGAUGGAGGGUGUUAUGCAGGCAGCUGCUGAAUUUGGUGAGACCGAAGAGCGGAUGGUGGUCGAUUUAAACAUUCUAGCUGAGGUCUUUGCCGCGCCUCUGCGGCUUUGGGGAUCGCAAAUUGAUGCCGGUGUGGCUGUCGUUGACGGCGUCGACGGCGCGGAGGUUAGCAGCGCGGCGCAGCGGCUCUUUGGCCCGCUGGACGAUAUCGUGGCCUUUGCCAGCCGCUUCGCCGCCGCGCUGCGCGCUGCGGAGCAGAGCGGCGACUGGCGGGGCUGCUUCGAGGCGCAUGAGCUGGAGCUGGUCAGGUGCUACGGGUGUUACGUGGCGAGUUACACGGUGGCCUGGGAUGAUCUCGCGGCGCUGCGGGCAAAGUCGAAGACUGUUGAGGCAUUCCUAAAGUGCUGCGAGCUCCAGCCGGCGAACACACGACGGCUCACCCUUGCAUCGUUAGCCAUCCUGCCAGUGCAGCGCGCACCGCGCUACGUGUUGCUCCUAAGCGAGCUGAGGAGGCGUCUUGGCGAGCAAUCCGGCGUGUGUUGCCGCGGUUGGUCAGGGAACGACGCCAGCGCGCUCGCCGCCGCGGAAGCAUCUCCGCGUAAAAAACGCGUGAAAUACGAGUAA